AUGGCGCUCAGCACAGUGUGGCACCUUGGGGUCACAUGCGUGGUCAUGUUUCUGGCUGCCCUAGGAUCUGGCAUGGUGUCUGAAGGGAAAUUGGCUGUGAUGGGAGCGCUUGGUGCUGGGCUGCUGGUGGGCACAGCUCUGUCUGUGAUCAUACCCGAAGGCUUCCAUGCUUUCCAGUCCGCACAGCACGAACCAGGUGUUGAUCUGCCCGACUGGUCCGUGGGAGCCAUUCUAGUGGCUGGCUUCUUGACUAUGCUCCUGCUGGACCAUGUGCAGCAGGCAAUGGUAGGAGGGGGUCAUGCACAUGCACAUGCGCACACUCCUGUAAGCAGCAGCGGCAACAUCCACGCGCUGCGUCGCGAGCAUGACCACCUCAGCGAUGGGGAUCCUGAGGAUGAAACUACCCAUGCCCAGAGGGGGCAGAGCGAGGCAGCGAGCAGGGCGUUUGUGGGCCUGCUGGUGCAUUCAGCGGCGGACGGCUUCGCAGUGGGUGCCUCCAGCGUCAGCACGUCCGCAUCCCUGUCCUUCCUGGUGGCGGUGGCCAUGGUUCUUCACAAGGCACCGGUGGCGUUUGGUCUGUCCACCUACCUGCUGAGCGCGCGCUGGAGCUGGCUGCGCACGCGUGGCGCCCUGCUACUCUUUGCCGGAGCCUCCCCUAUAGUCGCAGUAGCCACUUUCAUCCUGAUCAACAUCGCUCCCGUGCUCUCCUCCCAGGAGAACAUAGCGCUCUGCGUGCUCUUCUCGGGAGGCACAUUCCUGUACGCGGCGUGCAUCCAUAUCCUCCCUGAGAUUAUGGGCAAUAAGGGCAAGCUGAGUCGUGGGGAGCUGGCAGCAGUGCUGCUGGGCAGUAUUGUGCCCAUCGUUUUCAGUGCCUUGCAGGGCGAUCACCAUCACUGA